GAGACUCGUUUUUGCAUGGUUGUCAAAUUCUUAUAGUCCACCCUUUGUUCUUCUCACGCUUUCUACUCUCUUGCUUCUCCUAGGGCCCCUAGCUAUUAGCUUUUCAUAGGCUUCUUUUUUUUGUCUUCUCAACAGCCAAAUUUUCACUGAGGUAAAUCUCAAAAAGAGGUUUUGGUUGGAUCUGGAUUCUUGAGUUUUAAAGAGAAGUCCAGGGAAAUUGAGAGAAGACACAAAAUAUGAAGUUUGGGAAAGAUUUUGUAAGGCAGAUGAUUCCAGAAUGGCAACAAGCUUACCUGGAUUACGCUGGUCUCAAAACCAUUCUUCAAGAAAUCAAAACUUCACGAAAAAGAUUAGAGAGACCAGGUGGCUUGAAACGCAAGCUAUCUGCUAGCCGCAACUUCAGCAGCCUCACAAAGCGGUAUAGCCGCAACUCCUCGUCUUGGGAACCCGAUGUUCAGGACAUUCUGGUGUACGCAACGACUGGGGAUGAUGGGUUCGAGAGAUACGAGACAACCAUCUUGGAAGUUGCAGAGGCAGGGAGAGAGUCAGAGCUUGUGUUCUUCAAUGCCCUAGAUCUCGAGUUCGAUAAAGUAAACCAUUUUUACCGGUCUAAAGUGGAGGAAAUGGUGAAGGAGGCCGUGGUUUUGAACAAACAAAUGGAUGCCUUCAUUGCUUUCAGAAUCAAAGUUGAACGACCUUCUUCUUCUUGGACCUGCUCUGAAACAGUAUCUGUCGAUAUGAAUGCCUUGGGUUCUAAGGAACAGAGGAAGACAUUAGCUGAUGAGAUGGGAAUCAAAGUAGAGGGAAAUGAAUCCAAUGGUGAAGAGAGUGUACCAGAAGUGUUAAGUGUUCUUGACCGUAUCAAACUGAACAAAACUCAGGAAACUCCUCUUUCCACGAUUAAAACGAUUAAAAACGUCCUCAAGCUCUCUAACCAAGACGAGCUCAAAUUCACAAGAGAGAAUCUCAAGAAAAUAGAAGCACGGCUUAAGAAUGUCUUCAUUGUGUUCUAUCGCAAGCUUCGACAUCUCAAGAAUUACAGUUUCUUGAACACAUUGGCGAUUUCAAAGAUCAUGAAGAAGUAUGAUAAGAUUGCUUCAAGAAGUGGAGCAAAAUCAUACAUGGAGAUGGUAGACAAGUCCUACCUCACUUGCUCUGAUGAGAUCAACAAGCUUAUGUUAAGAGUUGAGUCUACCUUCGUCGAGCAUUUCACCGGUUUGAAUCGAAGCAAAGGAAUGAGUCUCUUAAGACCAAAAGUGAAAAAAGAAAAACAUCGAAUAACGUUUUCUACUGGCUUUUUCGUCGGUUGCACUGUCUCUCUAGUGGUUGCUCUCGUCAUGUUCACCCAUGCUCGUGAUUUAGUGGGCGCAGUUGGACAUAAACUCUACAUGGAGACAAUGUUCCCUCUAUACAGUUUCUUUGCAUUUGUGGUUCUGCACAUGAUCAUGUAUGCUUCAAACAUAUACUUUUGGAAGAAAUAUCGAGUAAAUUACCCGUUUAUAUUCGGAUUCAAAGAAGGAACAGAGCUUGGUUACAGACAUGUUCUGCUUCUAAGCUUUGGUCUCGGUACACUUGCUCUCUGCGCUGUUCUAAUAAACCUUGACAUGGAGAUGGAUCCUUACACUAAUGACUACAAGACCAUUACUGAACUUCUUCCCCUUUUUAUUGUAGCUCUAGUGAUAGCUAUUUUUUUCUGUCCCUUCAACAUUUUUUAUCGGUCAAGCCGAGUCUUCUUCCUCAUGGUUGUAUUCCGCUGCAUAGCUGCGCCACUCUACAAGGUUAAUCUUCCAGAUUUUUUCUUGGCAGACCAAUUAACAAGUCAGGUUCAAGCACUGAGGAGUCUGGAGUUUUACAUAUGUUACUAUGGUUGGGGAGACUUUAGCCACAGACAAAACACUUGCAAAUCAAGCGAAGUAUACAGCACAUUCUACUUCAUUGUCGCUGUGAUUCCUUACUGGUCACGUUUCCUUCAGUGUGUUCGAAGAUUGAUAGAAGAGAAAGAUUCAAGCCAAGGCUAUAAUGCUCUCAAGUAUUUAUUAACCGUUGUCGCUGUAUGCUUGAGAACAGCUUAUAGCUUUAACAGAGCUGGAAACAUCUGGAAAAUUGCUGCAUGGGUUUUCUCGGCAUUGGCAACUUUUUACGGCACAUAUUGGGACAUUGUUUUUGACUGGGGAUUGCUUCACAACCCAUCUAAAUAUUGGUUGAGAGAGAAGCUUCUCGUUCCUCACAAAGCCGUCUACUACGUUGCAAUGGUCUUAAACAUUGUGUUGCGGUUGGCGUGGUUGCAGACCGUGCUGGAUUUCAAUUUCAAGUUCUUACAUCGCGAAACUAUGGUUGCCCUUCUUGCUGCUCUUGAGAUCAUACGCCGUGGUAUCUGGAAUUUCUUUAGGUUGGAGAAUGAGCAUUUGAACAACGUAGGAAAGUUCAGAGCAUUCAAAUCAGUUCCGCUACCAUUCAACUAUGACGAAGAGGAUGAUCGAGAUAGUUAAUUCUUAGAUUCGAUCUAAUCAACGUUUUUCCACAAGAGUGGAUUUCCAAUUUUGUUUAGGGCUUGCUUGUAAACAAUAAAGAGAAGGAAAUGAACACGAUGAGGCUUCGGA